UAAUAACUCUUAAUUUUCACCUAAUUUACGAAAUAAUUCCAGAAAUAGUAAAAGAAAUGCUUCAUAAAGAUAGUAAUUUUAUAAAUAUUGAGCUCAGUCGAUUAAUCGAAAUACCUAAAAUCAAUUGAUAACGUCAUAUCAAACUGUGCAAAUGAGUUCAAAAGCUGUACUUUGAUGUUCAUUUGAAUCUAACGAUUAUUUAAAACCACGAAAAUUACAUUUCAAAAAAAGAGGAAGAAAUGUCACAUUUUAUCAUAUGUUUCCUACGUACGAUUGCAAGUUUAUAAAAAUAAUUACGUCAAUUUUAAAUACCAAAUAUAUAGUAAUUUGUGUUCAUGUAUCUGAAAACGUGGUGAACUGAAAUUAGAGAUCUAACUUUAAACAUGUCGUAUACUGAAAGUCACAUAAAAAAGAAAUUAAUUGAAGGAUUAAACGCUUCACACGUGAGCAUGUUUGCAAUACACGCAAUGCAAGAAAAUACACAGAUUGUGUUAAUCUCGUUAUUUGCUCUCCUCUUGAGAUGGUGUGUUACAUAUCAUCCCUACAGUGGCGAAGAAAAGCCUCCAAUGUUUGGAGACUAUGAAGCGCAACGGCACUGGCAAGAAAUAACGUUAAAUAUUCCGAUUGAAAAAUGGUACAUAAAUACAACAGACAACGAUUUACAAUAUUGGGGAUUAGACUACCCACCAUUGUCAGCUUAUCAUAGUUUUGUACUUGGCUACAUUGCCAAUAAGAUUAAUUCUUCUUAUGUCAAGUUACACGAAUCCAGAGGCUUCUCAUCCAAAAGUCAUAAAUAUUUAAUGAGACUCAGUGUUUUUUAUAUAGAUAUUUUGAUUUAUAUACCAUCAGUAAUAUAUUUUAUAUCAACUAGUCAAAUAUCUGGGAAUUUUAAAACAGAAGAGCUAUCUGCAUUUGGUGGUCUAAAAAGAAAACAUAUUGAUCUUUUGACAAUAUUGAUCUAUCCAGGUUUGAUAUUAAUAGACCAUGGACAUUUCCAAUAUAAUUCCUUUUCAUUAGGGCUGUUUGUUAGUGCUGUUACGGCUAUGUGCCAAAAUUCAUUUAUUACUGGAUCAAUCUUAUUUGUUGCAGCAUUAAACUAUAAACAGAUGGAACUUUAUCAUGCAUUGCCAAUUUUCUUUUAUAUACUCGGAAAGUACUCAUUUAUGAAAGAAAGGUUUUGGUCAUUUAAUUUAUUAAUGCUCUUCUGUAUAUCAGUUACAGUAAUUUCUACAUUUUUUAUCAUAUGGUUACCUUUCGUUAAAAGUUGGGAAACAUUUCUAAGUGUUGUUCUUAGACUGUUUCCAGUUUCUAGAGGUGUAUUUGAAGAUAAAGUAGCUAAUAUUUGGUGUGCAAUCAAUGUGAUUUACAAAUUACGUAAUGCUUUUGUAAACGAGAGAUUAAUUCAGAUUUGUUUAGUAACAACUACAAUUGCAGUUUUACCGAGUUGCAUAAAUCUAUAUCUGAAUCCACAAAAAGAGAAGUUUGUUAUUUCUCUUAUUAAUUGUGCAUUAGCAUUUUUUCUAUGUUCAUUUCAAGUUCAUGAAAAAUCAAUUUUGCUUGUUGCAAUUUCAGUUUUAUUGUAUUUUCAAAGUGAUCCAUUUCCUUGUUUUUGGUUUUUAAUAAUUUCACACUUCAGUAUGCUACCUUUAUAUAUAAAAGAUGGUUUAUACACGGUAUAUUGGGCUACAUUAAUUUUUUAUUUCUUUUUUGUUUUAUGGACAUAUCCUGAUAUGUUUAAUCACAUAAAAUUAGUGAAUAAUGUUAACUCUAAAAAGAAUGCACUUAUAAUUAAUCAAAGACAAAUUAAAGAAAAGCUAAAAAAUAGCAAAAAUAAAUCACUUUUUAUAAAAUUGAAAAGAGAUCUAAUACGUUAUAAGAAUAAUAUUGUUUCAUUAACUUUUAAUUCAUCUUUCUAUAAAAUAGUUCUAUUUUAUUGUUCAAUUCUAGGAAUAAUAAUAUUUUCCUUUGUUAGUGGUUUUAUGAAACCUCCAAAAAAAUAUCCGGAUCUUUUUGCAUUAUUAAUUUCCAUCUAUUCUUGUGGACAUUUUGUGGCUUUCUAUUUAUACUUUAAUUAUAAACAAUUUAUCAGUACAUUCAUUACUGGAAGAAGAACUUAAAACAAUUCAUGCAUUUAAACAAAAGACAUUAACACCAGCAGAGUGGAAAGAAAAGAAGGAAAUGAUAAAGAGGUAUUUAAUAAUUAAUUUAAUAACAAUUGAUUUUAAUAUAUCAUUUCUAAGAUAUAUCAUUUCUAAUAUAUCAUUUCUAAGAUAUUAUCUUAUUUCUAUUAACAGCUCCAUAAGCUAG